GGGCAUCAGCGCAUACUAAACCGUCCGUGCGAAUUACCACCGCAAAUCUUGGACAUUCGAGAAAGUUGUUUGCUCUCUGGAAAAGAGUUCUUCAAUGACUAGAUAUUUCAACACGCCUUUGAGGCGCGGUUACACUACUCUUUGCUUGUCGCCCCUCGCGUUGUUACACUCACAUCGCUGUCCACGGAUGCACUCCAAUAAUCCUUCAAGGAGAAAACGGAGGGCGCGUCGCUUGCAGUAUCGUCUCCACCGAUCACCAAAUAGCUUCAACGCUUGCACGCCGUGCCACAAGGCAAACACAACGUCAACUUUUACUCUUCGUAACACAGCGAUGACAUAGCAUCACAACAAGAGCACAAGAUAAGGCGACAAAUCACUGCGAGACUGAUCAGUAUCUUCCCGCAGCAACUGUAGCACGCUAUGGAAUACAGUUUCGUACCUGCAUGUCUGAUGCUG